GUUAUUACUGUCAACUAUGUUAUGAAAAAUAUAAAUGCAAAAAACCAAUAUCUGAUAAAAAAAGAAAUGAACGUGAACAACAAUCUGAACAGUCUAAUGGAACUAAUAUUUGUUCUGAAUACAAACUUUGUAAAACAAAACAUUGGCCAUGCUGUGAGAAAAAUGGAUGUAAUAAUGGUU